GGUAUUCGACUCGGAUAAACAACUUCAAUCAGAUCUUUUCUCAACCCUAACUACACAAAAAUGAAGAUAUUCUACACAACCAUAUUAAAAAUAUGCCCAGUUCUUGCAUUUCUCUUCAGCAUAAUCUCAAUCUUCACAACAAUUUACAUCAGCGCAGAGGUUUCGCCAAUUUUUGCUUUUUUCUCCAUCCAAAUUUAUCUGAACUGGUACUCAGCUUACAAAAUUGCAAAAAGCGCCGCGACACUGAAGAUCGAAAAUCUCAGCAAUCAAAGCACAAUAAUAAACAUAAACCAGAGACAAAAUUCGAUUUUGCUUCAAAGAGAAACGAAAUUCUGGUAUUGCGAAAAAUGCCAAUCAUAUACUCGCAGAGCAACCUAUCAUUGUCCAGUUUGCAAAAAAUGUUACCAUUUUCGAGACCACCAUUGUUUUUUUAUGGGGACCUGUGUCUUGCGACAAAACAUGGGAAAUUUUAUUUUAAUUUGUCUCUAUUCAGCCUUGAUGUGCUUCUACUCUUUCUCAAUUCUUGGUCCCUAUUUGUAUCAACAUUUACAUCAUUUUUUCAAACCAGGAUCGAGUUUUUUAAAUAAUCUGUUAAGUUUUUGCUUCCCUGUGGCCCUGGCCAGAUUUUUAUUUUCUGGGGAAGAGUCCUGUUUGUUGUUGGUUACAUUAUUUGAUGUGCAGGUUUCUACUUUUUGCGUGGGAAUUUUCUACGGGUUUUGGAAACUAGGAGCUUGUCUGAGUGGGAAACAAAAUUACAGUUUUCAUUCCGGAAAAGAAGAAAGUUUCAGAGACAUUUUCGGAAGUCGGGGAAUUUGGAAUUUUUUGUUUCCUUUUGAUGGUCUAUUGGGUCCUGGAUUUAACAAAAGCUGUGAACUUAAACAAGUGUAAUAUUUAGUAAAAAGAGUGUAUUUUUA